AUGGUCAGUGACUAUGGUUUACUCGACAUGUUAUAUGCCUUACAGGCUACUACGCAACUCAUUGAGUCACCCACAGCGGAUACCAUCUUGGAUGCUUUGGAUACCAUGAUGGCGUCAGGGGCAACUCGAGACGAAAGUGAAGCAGUUAAGGAUGCGUGGUUUGAAAGGGAGGCUGUGGCAUAUACCAAUACCAUCAUUGGUGGCAUCGAAAAAAACAAAGUACUGCCCCGUAUGGAACAUGUAGGGUCCAUAUUUCUCCACGCUUUGAAGUUAUAUAUGUGUCUUGGUGUCAUUCCAAUCAAGUACGCCACAGUAGUCAGCCGGAGCAAGAAUAUCAGCGUUGAUGACUACCGCAGUAGCGAAGAAGGUGGAGAGGGGGGCGAUGAUUGUGAGAUAAUGGAGACUAAUGAUGUGGAAGAUUUUAUUGGAAUUUAUAUGACUAGUAUAGAGCAGAAUUUGGCCAGGCAUCAAAUGUUGAGUUUUGACGACGUUUUCCGUAAUCUCUUACUGACCUGGCAUGAAGGUAAAUAUACAGCAACUGAUAUGGAUGGCAACUCUUACAGGCUCCUAACUUUUACGGAGUUUUUCGGGGAUUCGAUGCCCACUCUACCCAUGGCUAUCGUAAGUAGCUUAAUACCCCUAGAGCUACAGUACAUCUAUGCCAUGAAUGAGAGCAAACAUUACACCAUUGACCGUUUGACUCGGACAAACGUUGUAGUAUCCAGCGAGAUCAGUUCAGAGGUCACGUCUAUUCUCAAGGCCCGACAGACCGCCUCUGCCAAUUUGGAGGCAGACGUGGAAGGGGCAGUAAUGCGGGCCACCGCGAAAAUUAAAGAAACUCGUGAUUUGGAAAAGAAAAUGCAAGGUAUCCAGGAUUCACUGGCUACAUACGAGUCUACCAUAGACACGGAUUUCUCGAAACAACACAAGCAAAAGCUCCUACAUUUCGAGUCCUUGAAUAAAGCCAUAGUAGAGCUGCAGAAGCAGAUGGACAUCCCGAUGAACAAUGAGUCGUCCGAGACGACUAACCCCAGUUAUCUUGGUCGCAUCCCCGUGGUUAAUAUGAUGGGUACGAACGAAGGCACAGUGCCUUAUAAUUUAAUCGCGGGGACAGGUUCCAAAGAAGCAGAGCAACAGAAGAAACGGGACUUUAAAUGCCAACAAGAACAGGAACUGGCCAAAAAGGUAGGGGAAUUAACUAAGAUGGUGGCUACGUCCAAGACAAAAGCCGAGCUGCUUACAAUUGAAAACAGCAAAAUGGCUGCUAUAAACUCGCAUCUCAUGUUUGAAGUGAGCACUCUCAAGACGAGCGGCGCCAUUUUUGAGAAGGAAGCCAGAGAUGCGGAAAAGCGCGCCGAGUCGGUGAUGCGAGUUAAUAAGCGACUGAUGGACGUCCUGUCAGAGAUGCGAAAGAUGGUAGAAUCUAUCGGAUCCCAACUCCGCAUGAGCGAAAAAGACCGAUCGCGGCUGCUCCAGCUUUGUGCGCAUGAGGAUAUCGGUGGAACUAUGAAGUCCAACUUUGAUUACACAAAGCAGGCUGCAGAGAUUUUAAUGAAUGCCCUCCAAAAAUCGAUACUGGCGCCUGCUUUCUCCGAUCAUAAGUUUGAAAAGGCCAUGUCUAAAGAGGAAGCAGAGCUUCGGAAACAUGCCAUGGAUAUGGCUGACUUCCAGCCAUUAGCCUACGAAAAAAUGCUCGAUGAAACCAAUGCGCGCCCUGUACAUAUCUUUGGCGGGAUCGAAGACGAAAAUAGACUGCGUAUUGUGAACAAGUGGGUACCGAGCGGAAUGGGCGAUACUCGAGUGUCUGAUAGACUCUCGCGACGCCAUGCUUUAGCUUUGGAGUUACUCAAGUCGGACACGGAAGUUCCGAUUUGUAAAGAUGCACCGGCCACCGCUUUGAACAAACAACCCAUAAUCGAGGCCGACCGGUUAUGUGUCAUCGAUGUAAACCCAAGGUCUAGUGAGGACAUUGACCGAACUCUGCGGGCUUUGAAAGCUAGUAACCUUAUUACGGGCGAAAGUGGUACUUUUUUGGUGGACAAUAUUUUUGCUUACCGGUAUCUGAACAUACAAUUCCAGCAAAAGGGCGAUAUUGACGGUGUUAUCGGCACCCCACUUAGGCAAUUAUGGGAACAGCUGGCUAAACACUUACUGAAAUUAGAUGACGUCACGUAUACGAUAAAUGGUCAGAAAGUGAAUCCUCGCGUGGGCACCCAAACCAUUAAGACAUAUGUCAUGCCCUUUUUUGAUCAGUACCUCGGCAUGCGUGAUCACGCAUACAAGAUACCUAACCUGGUGACCACGUUUGAACGGCAUUACGAAGAAGUAGAAAGUAAGGCGGUGCAGUGUCGAUUCUUAACUGCUAGUAAAUACGAACUCCUUGUUAAAGGGUUCUGUCAGCAUAUCCUAACGGAUAAGUAG